AUGGUGUCGUUGACGGCGAAAGCACUACUCGGCGCCGCGCUUUUGGCGGCGCCUGUCGCUCAGGCUAAAGACCUCGGCGGGCAAAUCGAAGAAGUUGGCAGUACGCUUGUGUCUGCGAUGAUGAUGUUCGUGGGGAAGUCAAGCAAGGUCUACGUCCUCGACAAGGUCGAGGGCAACGCCGAGCAGUUGAACGGCCACUCUCUCUACGCUUCUGUCUGGGAUAUCGAGACCAGGACAGCUCAACCCAUGGACGUACAAACCAACCCCUUCUGUGCGAACGGCAUGCACCUGCCAAAUGGUUCUUUCGUCGUGUUCGGCGGCAACAACGCCGUAGGCCCUGGCGGUGACAAUCACGUCGCGGGCAGUACAACCGAAUACGACCCCACCUACCAAGCCUACGGCGGCACCAAAGCCAUUCGCGUUAUCACUCCUUGCGACGGCGACGUCGACAGCGAUCCCAACUGCGCAUGGGUCGACAGCCCGAACGGACUGCAGAUGCAGAGCUCGCGGUGGUACCCUGGCGCAGAGGCUCUCGGCAACGGCUCGGUCAUCAUCAUCGGUGGUUUCUCGUCUGGCGGCUAUAUCAACAGGAACUGGCCCAACACCGACCCAUUUUACUCUGGCGGUGGCAGCAACCCCACGUAUGAGGUCUACCCGUCGAACGGUGUUACCCAGCGUGUGAUGCAGUUCAUGGGUCAAACAUCGGGUCUCAACUCGUAUGCGCUUACCUACCUCAUGGCCUCCGGCAACCUCUUCGUGCAGUCUAACUAUUCCACGAUUAUGUGGGACGCUGAUAACAACGUUGAGACGCCCUUGCCCGACAUGCCCAACCAGAUCAUUCGUGUCUAUCCCGCCUCGGGCGCGAACGCGAUGAUGCCGCUCCUCGUCGAGAACAACUACGAGCAAACUAUUCUCUUCUGCGGAGGGUUCCACAUGCUCGACGAAGAGUGGGGCAACUUCGCUUACCCGAUGAUCAAUACUUGGGAACGAGCCUCGAGCGCGGAUUGCCAGCGCAUGACGCCCGAGCCUCUCGAUGGCUCAACUCCCGCGUACAAGCAGGACGACGACAUGCCGACUACGCGUACGAUGGGCCAAUUCAUCCUGCUUCCUGACGGCAAGAUGAUGGUCGUCAACGGCGCGCGCAACGGUACCGCCGGCUACGGUCUCAACACGAACAUCACCGCUCAAGCCGAUAUGCCUUGGGGUGAGUCGUACGCCGCCGAGCCGCAGACGCAGCCCGCUAUCUACGACCCAACGGCCCCCGCCGGCCAACGCUGGAGCACAGAGGGCCUCGCGACGUCCAACAUCCCGCGCCUCUAUCACUCUUCCGCGCUCCUUCUGCCCGACGGCUCCGUCAUGAUCGCCGGCUCGAACCCGAACAUCGACGUCAACAUCUCGUCCAUCGUCCCGUACCCUACCACCUACACUGCCGAGUACUUCUACCCUCCGUACUUCAGCGCCUCCACUCGUCCUGUUCCGACCGGCAUUCCCGACACGCUCUCGUACGGCGGCGACUACUUCAACGUCACGGUGCCCGCGUCUUCGUACUCAGGCGACGCCAACGACGCCGCGAACGCCACUAUGAUCUGGCUCUCGCGCCCAGGCUGGACGACUCACGCGAUGAACAUGGGUCAGCGCAUGAUGCAGCUGAACAACACGUACACUGUCUCGUCCGACGGUACCAUCACGUACCACGUCGCGCAGCCGCCGCCAAACCCUAACCUCUUCCAGCCCGGACCGGCCUAUGUUUGGGUCACCAUCGACGGCAUCCCUUCCAACGGCACAUAUGUCAUCGUUGGCUCAGGCGAGAUCGGCACCCAGCCCACUAAGGCUGUGUCGGUUCUGCCCGCCAUUGUCCGCGCUGAGGGUGCGAAGGGCAGCGGCAGCUCUGGCUCCAGCGGCUCCUCAGACUCGUCUUCCUCCACGUCUAGUGACAGUGGUAGCAGCCAUACCGCUGUGAUUGUCGGCGGUAUUGUUGCCGGUGUUGCAGUCAUUGGAGUUCUCGGCGCUAUCAUCGGCAUCUGCAUGUCGCGCAAGCGCCGCGCAGAAGCACGCGCUGUGGCCCAUGAGAAGUACGGCGUGUCUCCGCCGCAACCUGCAUUUGCCCAGGAUGCCUUCGGCGGUGCACCACGACCCAGCGAUGCUACCGCCUUUGAGCCAUACGCCGCAAACGCCUACGGUUCGAGCGCGAAACUCGUAGACGGCGACGGUGUCCCGAACUACGACAACCACGCCGGCACCUCGCACGACCCAUAUUAUGAGUCGAGGACGCCGACUACGGCGUCUCAUCUUGCUCCGGGGCGGUACUAG